CGAACACUCUCUCUCUCACUCCCACACUCCUCCCACACCCCCAAUCCGCCUGCACGGUGCACUCCUCCCUCCCCUCCCCGUCGCCUUUCGCCGCCGUCUUUUGCUCUAACGCUUCGCCUUUCGAUCCCCUUUCAGACUUCUUUUAGCAUCAUCCCUAGUCCUCGCCCGGACUCCGCAGAUUCUUUGAUUGCUCCGAGUUCUUCGCCUGGUUUUGAGGGCAAGACCAAGAAAAGGUGGUGAUUUCAUUUCCUGCCCGUCGUCUCCAAUCUCUCUCCCCACCAAAUUUCUGAUUUUUUUCCGCCGCCGCAAACCUCCGCUCCUGUGCCACACCGCCAUUCCAUUCCAGUUGGGCGCUAAAGAAAGGAAGGAAGCGAGGCCGGCUGUUUCGCUGAAAUCCCGCCGCCUUUUUUUUUCUCUGGACCACCAAGGUCCGGUUGAAGAAUCGUAGCAGAUUGUGUGAGAGAGGAGCGGCGGCGGCCGGUCGGUCGGUAUGAUUCACCUGCUCUUCCUCGUGUUGUUCGCGGAGGGCGCGGUGGCGCUGCUCCUCAUGGUCAAGGUCGGCCCGCUGCGGGAGCUGGCGAUGCGCGGCGUGGACCAGGUGAAGACGGGCAAGGGCCCGGCCACCGUCAAGACGCUGGCGUGCACGCUCUCGGUCAUCCUCAUGUCCAACGUCGCCAGCAUCCUCAAGAUCCAGAAUAGGGGGCUCAAGCUCGGCACAGUCAGCCCCAUGGACCAGGUGCUCUGGAGGACGCACCUCCUCGAGGCAUCCCUCAUCGGAUACACACUAUUCCUUGCAUUUGUAAUUGACCGGUUGCACCACUACCUCCGAAAGCUGAUGACACUAAGGAAAACAUCCAGCACAUCCAGAGAGGAGGUUGAGAAACUUCAGAUGGAGAACCGGUCCCUCCGCGAAAAGGAGGAGAAAUCCUCCAGCGAAACGAAGAAGCUUCAGCGAGAGAUUGCAAAGCUGAAUGAGAGCAUGAAGAAGCUGAAAUCUGAGACGGAAGAGCACGAGAGGAAGGCAUCGGUAGCAGAGGCCCAUGUCAACGCGCUGCAGAAGCAGUCAGAGGAGCUGCUCCUGGAGUAUGACCGGUUGCUGGAAGACAACCAGAUUCUGCAGACUCAGCUACUUAGCAGAGCCUAAGCUAUGAGGGAAGCUGAUAGUGCAGCUUCAGUUGUUUGUUAGCAAGACUCUUGCCAGAUGGUGUCAGAGAGCCAAGGACUUACCCGGUUCUGAAUGAUUACAUGCCGCAGUUCUAAAUUUCGGCAUGUCCAUGUGAUUCUUGGCAUCCAUGUUGUUCUUAAUUUAUGAUCUUGUUGAUGUAUGGAUGCAGCUGUAUUUUAGAGUUUUUGUUUCUUCCUUUUUUGAUGGAUGGUGGUACAUGAUGUAAUGUAAGAGCUAGGAACGAAGGGACGUACUUGAGGAAUUUGGUAGUGAAGGCACCCAGAAUGUGCUUGAAAAAAUUGGAGUGGUAUGUUGUGAUUUGAGAACGAAGAGGAGCUGUGUCCUGGGAUU